AUGCUCUCGACGGAAUUAUCCGAGGCACAGGUGUCGGCCCUCAGGGCCAAUAAAGAUCGCCUUGCAAAGGACCUCCAUCACAGCUGUCAGUGGGGUCCUGGGGUUCGCUGGGGAGAGGGGCCUACAGACACAGGCAUGCAGCGCUUAGCGCUGUCGGACGAAGACAAGAAUGUACGGGAUUGGUUUAUUGAGACAACAAAGGCAUUGAAAUGCAAUGUCACGGUCGACGAAAUGGGCAAUAUCUUUGCUGUACGGCCUGGACGACGCAAGGAUGUGCCUCCGGUGUUCAUCGGAAGUCAUCUAGACACUCAACCUACUGGCGGUCGAUAUGACGGCAUACUUGGUGUUCUUUCGGGGAUUGAGACUUUGAAGGUUAUCGACGAGAUGGGACUCGAGACAGAGGGUGGUGUUGGUGUUGUAAACUGGACGAACGAAGAGGGUGCUCGUUUCCCUAUCAGCAUGGUUUCUUCCGGCGUAUGGGCCGAGUGCAUACCCCUUGAACGAGCCCAUGGGCUCAAGGAGGUCCCAACCGUGGCAUCUCUUCCCACCGCUUCAUCCGCUCCGGAGUCGAUGAAGACGGCCCUGGAAAAGAUCAACUACCUAGGAAGCGUCCCAUGCUCCUACAAAGAGACGCCAAUGGCAGCGCAUUUCGAGUUGCACAUCGAGCAGGGACCACACCUUGUAUCCGCAGACCAGCGCGUCGGCGUCGUUACAGCUGUGCAAGCAUACCGCUGGUACCGAGUCAACAUCAUCGGCAGGGACACCCACACGGGUACAACGGCGUUUCAGCAUCGCGCAGAUGCUCUGUAUGCCUUCGCGCGCAUGAUGGUGCGUGCGCGAGAGGUCGCCUCUUCGCACGGAUGCCUAGCAAGUGUUGGCAUUGUGGAAGCAAAGCCCGGAAGUGUGAAUACCGUCCCCGGGCUGGUCAGCUUUACUCUCGACAUCCGCGGGCCGGAAACCGACCUGGUUGAAGUUGUCGAGGCGCAGUUGAGAAAGGACUUCGAUGCAAUCGCGGGGGACGAAGGCAAGGGUAUCGGGAAACCUUGCCGUGUGGAUUGGACGCUGGACUUCGACUCGCCAGCCGUCAAGUUCCAUCCCGACUGCAUCGACUGCGUACAGCAGUCGGCGGAGGCUGUGGUGGCUGAUGCGCCAGAGCCCAAGUCGCUCGUCCGAACGAUCAUGAGCGGCGCUGGGCACGAUAGUGUCUUCACUUCGAAGAGAGUACCCACUAGUAUGAUCUUCGUGCCCUGUAAGGACGGUUUGAGCCAUCAUCCGGAGGAAUACUGCUCUGCGGAUGACUGCGCUACCGGCACAUCAGUCAUUCUGCAAGCAGUGAUUCGCUAUGACCGGAAGAGAUUCUCCGACUAA